CCCUGGGCCCAGGCCCGGGGCGGUGCAGUGCUGCGCAGCCACGGCGGCAUGGCGGGCGGGGCCCGCGAGGUGCUCACGCUGCAGUUGGGACAUUUCGCGGGUUUCGUCGGGGCCCACUGGUGGAACCAGCAGGAUGCUGCGCUCAGAUAUUCGAUCGAUGGCGAAGAGUCGCCGGGGGAGCUGUGCCCGGACGUCCUGUACCGAACCGGUCGGACGCUACAUGGCCAGGAAACCUAUACGCCGCGACUCAUCCUCAUGGAUCUGAAAGGCAGUCUGAACACACUAAAGGAAGAAGGAGCCCUCUACAAGGACCGGCAGCUAGAGGCUGCAGUAGCAUGGCAAGGAAAGCUCACCACACACAGAGAAGAAGCAUACCCAAAGAACCCUAACCUCCAGGACCUUCUGAGCGCAGAGGGAGUUCUGAGUACUGAUGGUGUCUGGAGGGCCAAACCUCUCCAAAAUGGCAAAGAGAACAGCAUCAGAGUCUGGUCAGACUUCCUCAGAGUGCAUCUCCAUCCCCGGAGCAUCUGUGUGAUCCAGAAGUACAACCAUGACGGUGAAACAGGUCGGCUGGAGGCUUUUGGCCAAGGAGAGAGUGUCCUGAAGGAGCCCCGAUACCUGGAGGAGCUGGAGGACAGGCUGCAUUUCUAUGUGGAAGAAUGUGACUACUUGCAGGGCUUCCAGAUCCUGUGUGACCUGCACGAUGGCUUCUCUGGAGUGGGUGCCAAGACUGCAGAGCUGCUGCAGGACGAGUACUCAGGACGGGGGGUGAUAACGUGGGGUCUACUUCCUGGGCCCUACAAUCUUGGGGAGCCCCAGAAGAAUAUCUAUCGUCUCCUAAACACAGCAUUUGGUCUGGUGAACCUGACUGGGUACAGCUCUUUUGUCUGUCCCUUAUCCCUGGGAGGGAACCUGGGCCUGCGACCCAAGCCACCUGUCAACUUCCCUUACCUACACUAUGACGCCACUCUGCCCUUGCACUGUAGCGCCAUCCUGGCUACAGCCCUGGACACGGUCACUGCUCCCUAUCGCCUGCGCUCCUCCAUGGUUCCCAUGGCUCACUUGGCUGAUCUGCUGAGUUUCUCUGGGAGAAAGGUGGUGACAGCAGAGGCAAUCAUCCCCUUCCCACUGGUUCCAGGGCAGUCACUUCCUGACAUCCUGGUGCAGCUUGGAGGAGCCACCCCAUGGACCCCACUGUCUGCUUGUGGGCAUUCUGCUGGAAGUCGGUGCUUUGCCCAGUCAGUGGUGCUGAGGGGUAUAGACAGAGCAAGCCAUACCAGUAAGCUCAACCCAGGAACGCCUUUGCCCUCCGCUCUCCAUGCAUGUGCCUCUGGAGAAGAAGUCUUGGCCCAGUAUUUACAACAGUACCAUCCUAGAGUUUUAAGCUCAUCCUAUCUGCUGCUGACCCCCUGCAGAGCGGCCCCUCCUUACCCACGCCUCUUCUCAAGCUUAAGUCACAAGGGACUGGCCCUGGACGGUCCCCCCAAGGGCGCAGCAGUGCAGAGCAUCCCUGUGUUGGGGGCCUUGCGCUCCUCUUCAUCCUUGCACCAGACCCUGGGAGAGUUGGCCGAAGAGCUCAGCAGACUUGACCUGCGGCGCUGGGCUAGCUUCCUGGAUGCUGGGGUGGAGCAGGGUGACAUGGAAGAGCUGCUGCAGGACUUACACAGCCUGGCCCAGUGUUACCAGGAGGGGGACAGCCUUUGCAACUGAAGUCCAGGGAGGGCAGGAGGGAGGGCAUUUGUAAUAAAAGCUGCUGGGUGCGGGAACCCAGUGUGUUGGAACCUCC